GUCAGGGCGGCUCAGAGCCGAUCAGAGCGGAGAGAGCGCGGUGCUGUAUCGGAGGUAGAGUCGCUGAGUGCCCGCAGAGACAGAGCGCAGUCCGGGCGGCUAAACACUCACACGGAGCUCAACGCGGGGGAGAAAACACGAGGACACGGAAGAACAGAACCGGGACAGAACCGAAAGCUGACCAAACCCACAGUUUUCCGUCACCAUCAUGCAUACAGUUGGACGAAUGAGGUUUUAUCAUUUUUCAUAGAGCAAAUUACCAAAAACGAGGACGAAAGGAGCUACAGAAUUUUUUAACGACAACCAAAACCCAGCGAUAUUCUUGAAGGCGAAGAUGGCUAGCACUCAGGCGAGCAUGAAAACUCAGUUUAAAGACCCAACUUCGUUCAAGAACAGCAUGAAGAGGCUGUACCGAGAGAAGCUGGAGGACGCGCCCAUUAAGAAGCGAGUGAUGGCGGAGAUGAAGCUGAAGCGGCGUGGUGGCCUGGACCUGCUGGUCCGGAGUGCCAAAGUGAAACGGGAGCAGGCGGAGGACGAGUCGCGCUGCGAUGGGGACGCCGAGGGGCAGGAUAUGCAUGCUGGGAAGGCUCUGGAUCUGAGUCCGGGGCUCAAGCACACAUUGGCCCAGUUUACCCUGAGCAGCCAGAGCUCUCUGGGCGGCCCAGCUGCUUUUUCGGCCAAAACGGCCCAGGAGGCGAGCCUUCCGGGUGGGAUGGCGCCGCUUCCUUCGCCGUCUUUCCUGGGCGUGGGGCCUUUGCUGGUUCCCUGCGACAGCUCCACCGAGCUCACGCACUCCAUACUGGAAGGAGAGUCCAUUUCCUGCUUCGUGGUGGGCGGAGAAAAGCGGCUUUGCCUGCCGCAGGUGCUCAACUCAGUUUUGCGAGAUUUCUCCCUGCAGCAGAUCAACGCGGUUUGCGAUGAGCUUUACGUCUACUGCUCCCGCUGCGACGCAGACCAGCUGCACAUCCUCAAAGUUUUGGGCAUCCUGCCUUUCAACGCGCCGUCCUGCGGUCUCAUCACGCUGACGGACGCCCAGCGGCUGUGCAACGCCCUGCUGCGCCCGGGGGCCGCCGUCCAGGCUGAGACGGCUCUGCUGAAGGUGAAGGACAGUGAGUCCGGCUUCCAGGUGGAGCACCAGUGCCUGGGGAAGUGCCAGGGCCUGUUUGUGCCGCAGUUUUAUCUGCAGCCGGACGCCCCCUGCGUGCGCUGCCUGGAGUGCCAGCUGCUCUUCUCGCCGCAGAACUUCGUCAUGCACUCCCACCGCUCGCCCGACAAGAGGACCUGCCACUGGGGCUUCGACUCGGCCAAGUGGCCCUGCUACCUUCAGCUCAGCCGCAGAUACCAGGGAGCGGCCGAGGAGCCCAAACUCAAACAGCUGCUCGACGAGAUGAAGAACAAGUUCCACUCGCAGACGCUGAAGAGGACGCUGGACAAGAAGGCGCUGGACGAUGACAGCCAUGUGAGGAAGUCCAGCCCUGACCUUCGCCCUUCUGCUGAUAAGCUGUGUGAUAAGGAGCUGGAGAAAAAGGGUGAAGACCAGCCUGCGCUCGGCUUCAGUCGCCUGUUUCCCGACAUCAAAGAGGAAGCGGCCCACGCUCCCAUCGUCCACCCCAGCUACUACCUGUACCCGUACGAUAAGAUGGUGGCGCCAAACGUGUCUCUGCAGAAGGAUGGCGAGGUGGGAGCGGAGGUUCUGGGAGCGCUGCUCAAACAGCACUACAGCAGGAGAACACACAACCAGGACAGCCAGCCAGAUCUCCAUGUGUCUGCUUCCUCCGUUGCCGGGGAGGUUAAAUCCUGUCGCCAGGGCGAAGCGCCGGCCGUUGCCGUGGAGACGGUGUGCGGUAAGGAGGAUGAUAAGGAGCGAAUCGUGCUGGAGAUCGUCCAGAUGUACAACAGACAGCAGGAGAAACUCAACGCCACACUGCACCGGCAGCUGCAGCUUGAGACGGAGUUGGAGGUGGUGCGAGGCGGUGAGGCAGCCCAGCUGAGGCAGCUGUCGGCGGAGCACAGCGAGCUGCAGAGUGAGCUGGAGGCCGUUCACACUGAGCAUGCUCAGAAGCUGGGGGAGGUGCGUCAGGAGCAGAGGGAGCUGGAGCGCAGGCUGGAGCAGCUCAGACAGCAGGGCUGCACCUGUAAACCUAAAGAGCAGGAGCAGCAGUACACCGCACAGCUGUGUGAGCUGCGGUGUCGUCUGGAGCGCGCCGAGGCGGAGCGCCAGGAGCUGCAGGACGAGUUGCGACGGGAGCGCGAGGCGCGAGAGAAACUGGAGCUCAUGAUCACUCAGCUGCAGCAGCAGAUCAUCCGGACCUCCAGCAAGACCAGCUCCACGCUGUCCUCCUCCAUGGUGCAGGAGACCUCGGCCAGCUAAACACAUACGUCACUGCAGCCUGGAACACGCCCCCCCCACACAUACCCCAUCACCCCCCCCCAUCACCGAGUCCCAGACACAAGCAGAAUCGGCCCCUCCGGACACCGAGGACGGGCCUCACGUGUUCGUUUUUUACGUUUAAAAGACUUUAAUAUCUCUUUUAUAAUUUAACAUCACUUAAAACAGAUAUUUUAUGUUGUGUUGUGUCGUCGCCCAUUCUUAGACAGUAUUUAAAACCUUUGUACGUGUUUUAAUUUAUAGUUUUGCUAAUAGGCUGCUUAUUAUGGACACUUUUGUCCUUUUGUUUCUGUUUUCGCUCCUGGACUGGACUGAAGAAACUGUGGGGCAGUUUGGAAACGGAAUAAACUGUUUAAGAGCCCCAAGGAGCCACAGUGACCCCUAAAAAGACUCGCCAGCCACAGCGGAAAACUAGGAUUUUCAACUUUAAUACGAAAAAAAAUGAAAUGGUUGAGAAAAACAGGUCCGAAAAAAGGCCACGACGAGAACUUCGUCCAGAACAUUGCAGCCAUUGUGCUUCUUCAUGAAGGUGAAAGGCGGGAGGAUGGCGGAGCCCCUCGGAGAGGCCCUGCUGGCCUCAGACGAUAAUCCUCCUCCUCCCUCCUUUCCCUUUUCCCCCUCCCUCUCUCUCUCUCUCUGCCCGGCGCCUGCUGUCUGCUGGUGAUUAGAUGUUUCCUGGAUGUUUUCGUUCACUGUGGAGUUGCACACGUGCGCUUGCUCGCCACCUGCUGGACACACAAGGACACAAAACAGUAUUCAGCCUCUUCAGUGAACAGAAAUGCAGGGAAUAAUGUAUUUUCUCGUUCUGUUUGCAGCGUAACAGGUAUAUAAUGUGAGAGAGUGAGCAGCGCACGCUGAACAGAACCGGGUCUGAUCCCAAACAGCCCAGAAUAAGAGAGCGCCAGGGAGGGAGGGGGCCCAGGGGGCCCGGGGCUCUAGAGCCGGAUUCACGAAAGCAUCCUAAGAAACAAAACAGUGCUAAAUGUAAACGUGUGAUCGCCUCACGGUUCCACAGGUGCCAAAUUUUCCAAAUUUUCUGCAUGUUUUUUACUCUACACUCUUAAAAAAGAUGGUUCUUCAAGGGUAAAGACAGUGGUUCUGUAUAGAACCAUGAACACUCAAAGAACCACUUGCAUGCCUUGAUGAUUCUUCAGAUUGUUGGAGAAUGUUUUGAAAAUGUUUCCAUGAAGGUGUCACAAACUUGAUAUUGUACCAAUAGCAGAACCAUUUUUGGUGCUACAUGGAACCAUUUUCAAAAAGGUUCUAUUUAGAACCAUAUACAACACAUUCUCCAUCAAGCUGAAGAAACAUUUCACCAUUUGAGAACCAUUUGAGCAUGCAGGUGGUUCUGAGUGUUCAUGGCUCUCUAUAGGACUGUAUAUAUUCACUAAAGAACCCUUGGAGAACCAUCUUUUCUGAGAGUGUUCUAUCACUUUCAGUUUUUUUAGUAAAUAACAUUUUUCCAUUUUAGUGUCAAAAUAAACUUGAAAAGCUAAAACUCAUUUAACAUGUAUCUGCUGCUGUAAUCAGAAGACUAUGAGACUAGAUUGUUAUAUUUUAUUGAUAAUUAAACAUUUAUGAUAAUAAUUAAAAGAGGAAAGAAGAUAUUUGUGAGUUUGUAAACUGUGUUUAAGGAUGUUCUUAAAAAUCAGGUGAAAAAAAAGUUCACAUCAAGUAUUUUUUUUUUUUUUGGAACGGUGAGUUUUAUAUAUAUAUAUAUAUUAUAGCAAUCUUACAUUAUAUAUACAGUGUCUUAUAGUGGAAAGAGGAUUAUCACAUAGAAUUGUUUAUAUUUACAUUCUAUUUUUAAGGACAUUGUGCAGAUCUCAGCAGUUUUAUUCUGUUUGUUUCCUCCCUUUUGGAUCGCUUUCGUGAAUGCGGCGCCCCCUGGUGUCCGGCUCCGGUCAGUAUUUCAGAGGAGCUGUGAUAUCUGCAGGGCAGAGGGGUUUUUAGCACGUUGCUGUAAGCGAGGUGCCAGACGAGUUCCAGCAGCGUCUGGAGCUUCUUCUCAUUCGCUUCAUUCACCGUCAGCUCCGACUGAGAACGCUCCGGUUCUCCAGGCUGGGCUCUACAGGCCGGAGGGUGUUUAUCAGAACAAAUAUAUAUACAGAUACGCUCUCACAGAGUCUGACGGGGCGUUUAUAAGCUGACAAACACGCAAAAAAAGUAAAAUUAAAAAAAGAAGAGAAAGUUUAAUCCACCAUACUGUAAAUGCGUGCUUUCUGUUUAUCCCCCUCCCUAAAAAAAAAAGAAAAAAAGAAAUCUUGGAAAUUUAUUUAAUGUAUUAACUGAUAGAUUUAUACACUUUGUACAUACUACAGUAGUCUUUAAUAUAUUAAUAAUAUGUGAUUAUAAAGAAUCUUUAAAAAGAUUAUAUCAGUCCCCUGAGGAGUGAAGCUCACUGGGGCUUUUUUCUAUGAGGUGUGAGAUGCAUGAUGGUGUGAGAAGAGAAGGGUGAAAAAAUAAUCAUUACAGCUGUUUAUUAUUAUUAUUAUUAUUAUUAUUAUUAAUAUUAUUAUUAUUAUUUUUAUUAUUAUUUUUAUUUAGUGGUUGCCCCUGGGAUUAAUGGGGCUGUUCAUGUCUGAUGUAUGUUCACCCUGUUACCAUAACGACCGAACGUUAAAAUGUUUUUGUACGAAAGAACGAGGAACGCAUGGAUGUUGUUAGCGAAGCUGCUCUGCUCUUUAAAAAGAUUUUUAUACUGUUCACAUCCUGAGAGUUGCUCUAAAGAGCGGAAAGGCCGGCUGGGUUUUUACUCAACUUAUAUAAUCGCUCUACUCAGGCUCCGCCCACUCAGACUAUAUCACAAUACCUACAUUUAGAGUCAGUUACUCAUUCAGCCUAAUGAGAAACUGUAGAACAGACUCAGUUUAUAUCACAAUACCUACAUUU